AUGAUCGCGACCAACAUGAUCAAGGAUGUGCGAGUCCCUCUCAAGUCGGGUGGAGCAACUACAUGUCGAGGAUGUCAACAAGGGAAAAUGGUCCAAAAACCAUUUCCAAGCAACCGAGACAAGCGCAGCUACGAUACGUUUGUGCUGCUUCAUCUGGACAUCUGCGGGCCCAUGGAAAAGGAUUCGCUCGGUGGCAGCAAAUAUUUGCUGCUGAUCAUCGACGAAGCCAGUGGAUGCAUGAAGGGAUUUUGUCUACGAGUGAAAUCCAAGAGUGAAGACUACAUCCGGAAAUAUAUCACCAUGGUACAGACGCAAUUCUGUAAGAAGGUCAAGUUCGUGCGACACGACGGAGCUCGCGAGUUUGCAACCAACUCGCUUCAACUGUUCUACGAAGACGAAGGCAUUGAACAGCAGACAACGGUGCCGUAUGCACAUCAAACAAACGGAACAGCAGAGCGUGCCAUUAGGACUAUUGUCACGAUCGGCCGCAGCAUGCUUCAUCAUGCCAAACUGGACAAGUGUUUCUGGGCCGAAGCAGCGAUGACGGCCAUCUACGUCAAGAAUCGACUGCCGUCACCUAAAGUCGUGCACAAGACCCCGUUUGAGAUCGUCUACAACUUGAAACCAAGCGUCAAGCACAUGCGAACAUUCGGAUGUCAGACGUACAUACUGACGCCUAAAGAGAAUCGACUCGGGGGGGGAUCCAAAGGCUCGCGCUGGCAUAUUCGUGGGCUACGAAGAAGUUUCGAAGGCAUAUCGUGUUUAUGA